ACCUAAGUUGUUUAUUAGAACGACGAUACAAAUAUGUUUUUAUACAAGAAGUAAGAAAGGAAAAGUGAAAAUAAAGAUUUAUUUGAAGAAUAUGUGGAGUAUUUAUUGAUAGGAAGCAUCAGUGAUCUGACUAUAGUCACAUAUUAUUAUCAUAUUCACAUGCAAAAACAGGGGUGUCACAUAAUUACCACGUUAUUUCAUAGUGUUAAUGUGUUCAUUAUGAAUCUACAAUGUAGAUUCUAUAAAGUAAGGAAACUAAAUUGAAUGAGAAGGUGUCGACAUUUUUGACUGCGCGUAUACUUCAGAUUGUUUUUGAUGGAAAUAUCAAAUAUCAUAGAAACAUCAUAGUGUGUUCCAAAGUGAGAAAAAAAGAUCUGAUUUGUAAAAUGUGUUGAAUUAUCACGUCUAUUUGGAAUUUAGCUCAUUUUAUUUUGAAAGCUGUGAUCGGAAGUCUUGUCUGAGAUCCUGUCUGGUUUGACACUGACUGCUGUGUGUGUGUGUGUGUUGUGUGUGUAUGAGUGUGUGUGUGCUCGGCUUCCUGCUGCUGCUCGGUGUCCGCACACCGUCCGUCUCGUCAGUGUUGAUCGGCUCGCCAUGGCGGAAGGACGCAGAGAACAGCCACAUCCUCUCCUCUCCUUACCACCGGCCAGCAAGCGACCCUGCCUGCGCCCUGCUCCCCGCGGUCCCGGCCCAGGGCCCGGACACGGCAGUGGGUUGCCCGGCUCCCGGUAUCGUUCCCCCGAGUCCCUUCUGGACUGCGCCGCGAAGGCAGUAGCGGAAAAGUGGGCCUUCGAGAGAGUAGAGGAGCGCUUCGAGCGGAUCCCGGAGCCGGUCCAGCGCCGCAUCGUCUACUGGUCUUUUCCCCGUAACGAAAAGGAGAUAUGCAUGUACUCUUCGUUUCAGUGCCGAGUCGCCGGCGAGGAGGGUCCGUCGGCGGCUACCGGCGGGGCUGGGGGUGCUGGGUCCGGAGCUACAACCACCGGCGGAGGCGGAGGAUCUACCGCCGGUACGACGGCUACCGUGGGGGCAGCCGGAGCAGUGGGAACGGGAGACGGACUACCUUUCCGCCGCGGUAUCAGGCUACUAGAGACCGGCUGUGUGGAAAACGUUUUACAAGUCGGGUUUCACCUCAGUGGCACGGUAACUGAACCCACCACAUCAUCAGAGCCAGAGGUCACCCACAAGGUGGCCAUCAGUUUCGACCGAUGCAAAAUCACCUCUGUCACCUGUGGUUGCGGAAACAGAGAUAUUUUCUACUGCGCCCAUGUGGUGGCGCUCUCUCUUUACCGGAUUCGCAAACCUGAACAGGUGAAGCUGCGGUUGCCUAUCUCAGAGACGUUGUUCCAGAUGAACAGAGAUCAGCUGCAGAAGCUGGUCCAGUAUUUGAUCACAGCCCACCACACUGAGGUGCUGCCCACCGCUCAGAAACUGGCUGAUGAGAUCCUCUCCUCCAACUCUGAGAUCAACCAGGUCCACGGUGCUCCUGAUCCGACAGCAGGCGCCAGCAUUGAUGACGACAACUGCUGGCAUCUGGACGAGGAUCAAGUCAGGGAGCAGGUCAAACAGUUUCUGUCACAGGGAGGAUACUAUGGCUCCGGGAAGCAACUCAACUCCAUGUUCGCUAAGGUGAGGGAGAUGCUACGGAUGCGAGACUCCAACGGCGCCCGAAUGCUGACGCUCAUCACAGAACAGUUUAUGGCAGACCCCCGGCUGUCGCUAUGGAGACAGCAGGGCACGGGCAUGACAGACAAGUGUCGACAGCUCUGGGACGAGCUCGGUGCAUUGUGGGUGUGCGUGGUGCUAAACCCCCACUGUAAGAGCGAGGAGAAGAGCAGCUGGCUGAAGCAGCUGAAAAAAUGGGGCGACAUGGACGUCUGCCCGCUGGAGGACGGCAACUACGGUAGCGAGCUUCCGAACAUCACCAACGCUCUGCCGCAGAGCAACCUGGCGCAGGACUCUCUGUCCAGGCCGAGGAGGACCGUGUUCAGCCGGGCAGUCGAGGCCUGUGACCUCCACUGGCAGGACAGCCACCUGCAGAGGAUCAUCAGCAGCGACCACUACAUGUCUCCAUCCUACCAGAGAGAGGGGGAGAGCCUGCUGUUCAACCCUCAGGGCCUUCCACUCUGGCUAGACCAUGUCCCGACGGCAUGCGCUCGCGUCGAUGCCCUGCGUUCCCACGGUUACUCGAGGGAAGCCCUGCGAUUGGCUGUCGCCAUAAUCAACACGCUGCGUCUCCAACAACAGAGGCAGAUGGACAUCUACAAACACCAAAAGAAAGAGCUUCUCCAGAGGGGCGUUACUUCCACCACCAACCUGGAAGGGUGGGUGGGCCACCCCUUAGACCCGAUCGGAUGUCUGUUCACCACGCUCACUGAAACCUGCCGUGUGGAUGACGACAACAGCAUGGACACCGGAGAAGGUGACCCCAGGCCUCCCGUCUACCACCAUGUACCUGUGUGGGGCAGUCCUGAUGGAGGAGAGUCCUACCUGACUUUGGCCUUAGAGGUGGCUCUGAUGGGUAUGGGCCAGCAGAGGAUAAUGCCUGAGGGUCUUUACGCUCAGGAUAAGGUGUGUCGUAACGAGGAGCAGAUCGUUGCAAAACUUCAAGAACUGGAGCUGGACGAUCUCUUGGUUCAGACCCUUCGGAAACAGGCCAUACAGCUACUAGAAGCUGGUCCGUUCAGCAGUCUAGGUGAGGUCAUCCACAGGGAGAGUGUUCCCAUGCACACCUUUGCCAAGUACCUCUUCUCUGCCUUGCUGCCACAUGACGCAGACCUGGCGUAUAAAGUGGCUCUCCGUGCCAUGAGGCUGCCGGUGCUGGAGUCCUCAGCAGGCUCCGGGGACGUGGGCCACCCUCAUCACGGCAUCUCCAUAGUUCCAAGUAGAUACCCGCGCUGGUUCACACUGGGACACCUGGAGUCACAGCAGUGUGAGCUGGCCUCAACCAUGCUCACUGCCGCUAAAGGUGACAUGUUGAGGUUGCGGACUGUGCUGGAGGCCAUCCAGAAAAACAUCCACUCCUCUUCGUUAAUUUUCAAACUGGCCCAGGAUGCCUUUAAGAUAGCCACACCUGCAGACAGCCCGCCUGAUAUAACUCUGCUCAACGUGGCACUGGAGCUAGGACUUCAGGUGAUGAGGAUGACUCUGUCCACACUGAACUGGAGACGGAGAGAGAUGGUUCGCUGGCUGGUAACCUGUGCCACUGAAGUUGGUCUACGGGCGUUGGUGAGCAUCUUGCAGAGCUGGUACACUCUCUUCACACCGACUGAGGCCACCAGCAUCGUGGCAGCCACCGUCAUGUCCCACAACACCAUCCUGCGCCUCAGCCUCGACUACCCCCAGCGGGAGGAGCUGGCCAGUUGUGCCAGGACCCUGGCCCUGCAGUGCGCCAUGAAGGACCCCCAGAACUGCGCCUUGUCGGCUCUGACGCUCUGCGAGAAGGACCACAUCGCCUUCGAGACGGCCUACCAGAUCGUGAUCGAUGCAGCGUCCACGGGUAUGACUUACUCACAGCUGUUUACCAUCGCGAGGUACAUGGAACACAGGGGAUACCCGCUGCGGUCCUUUAAGUUGGCCUCCCUCGCCAUGACUCACCUUAAUCUGGCUUACAACCAGGACACGCACCCAGCUAUUAAUGAUGUGCUGUGGGCCUGCGCCCUCAGCCACUCUCUGGGUAAAAAUGAGCUCGCAGCCAUUAUCCCCCUAGUGGUGAAAAGCGUGCAUUGUGCCACGGUACUGUCUGACAUCCUGCGGCGGUGCACCAUGACAGCGCCGGGUCUUGCCGGCAUUCCCGGGAGAAGAAACUCUGGAAAGCUGAUGUCAACAGACAAGGCGCCGCUGAGGCAGCUCCUGGACGCCACAAUCUCGGCGUACAUCAACACCACACACUCUCGACUGACACACAUCAGUCCACGGCACUACGGAGAGUUCAUAGAAUUCCUGAGCAAAGCACGGGAGACUUUCCUGCUGGCACAGGACGGCCACAUUCAGUUCGCUCAGUUCAUAGACAACCUGAAACAGAUCUACAAGGGCAAGAAGAAACUGAUGAUGUUGGUCAGAGAGCGCUUCGGCUGACCAUGCCCUUCCCUCACAGGGACCCUCUUCUUGGGAAGUAGUUAAACUUAUUUGUUUCUAUUUAAGGUUUUUUGGAUUUCUUGUAUUUUUACUUCUUAUGUUGAGCCAUUUGUUGACUAAGUCUUAAGUUUUUGUCCUGUUUUGUUGUUUUGUUUCUUGAAUGUGAACCAGGAAGUGUUCGCAGUGCAUUGCUCUACUUCGUUUAGACUGCAAAAGGGGGAAAUGGCUUGAAAUGUCCAAAAAAAAAACAAGCUCCUCCAACUAAUGUUAAAUCUAGUAUGAAAAAGGCAAAAGAUUGUGAUGGGGGGAAAAAACAAACAAAAAGGAACUUUUAUUUUUCGGUGGCACAUGACAAUUUAAAAACCAAAAGCUUUUGUUGGAUGGGGUACUUACUGUGAGUCAGGAGACAUUUUCAGCCAGGGUUAAAGAGAAAAGGAAGUGGUUUUCAAAGUGGAAGGAACAUGUUAUUCCAAAAUGAGAAAAAAAACCCACAAGGUCGAAAAACACACAUAGUAUUACUGUCAUACCUCGACUGUAUUAUUUGUCAGCUUUAACUUCUCUAUCAGAAAUGGCCUCUUGUUUCAUUCAGGGCAUCUUAGAGUAGAGAGGGAAGAACUACACGUGUGGUCUCUCUGUAGAAGAAGUCAGUACCGACGGGUUUAAAAAAAACUUGACUAAAGCCACUCUAGACUAGCUCCAACGCUCUACACCUGCUGGUCAGUGCUUUUCCUUAAGAAGAACCAUGUUGCUUCACAGAGUGCAUGUUUUAUCCAGGCUGUUCUUGCUAAGGUAGAGUAGUUGAGGUUCCACGUGCACAUAUAUAUACACAGUAUAUCUUGUAUGUCCUCCUAUAAGCUUAUUAACAGUGACAAUACACAACUGUGAUGAACGGAGUGGUCACAGUAUUCCCAUCUCCAGAGUUAACACUGCACUGCUGUACAGCUAUUUGUGGCCAAAUCCAUUCAAACCCAUAAGACUCCAGCGGUCACCUAUCACUUACUAGAUCAAGAUUUAGGUAAAAAAGCAAUAUUAGUCAAGUCUGCGCUUAAUUUUUAGCACCGAGCGGCAUUAAUUUCACCUUUUAUUCUGUUAGGAAGCUUUGGAACAUACUUGUUGAUUUCAGUGACUGUUAGUUGUUAACUCUGCCUGUAGCUAAAGUCCUUUUUCCAUCUCAAGAACUUUUGCAAGAACUCAGGAACUUUUUGUUUGUUUCCCAGAACUUUUUCAUGAACCCAAAGUAGAGCAGAAAUCUGGUUCCAAUUUUAGUUGUUUUGGUCAUAGUUCCAACCCCUAAAUGAAUCCAACCUUUUACCAGUUGCUAUUCUCGGUUGAGCUAUGCAAUACUUUCCUUUGCUGAUUAGUAUUUAAUAUAAUAAUAUAAUAAACAUAAUUAUAAUAAUAAUUAUCUUAAAUUACAAUAGUAGUGAGAGGCAAUAAAUGCUUGCUAAAUGCAAAGCAAUCCUGGACUGAUAACAAGGUAGUUCUACAUAUUUUUUGUUUCUUGCUGUAGUCUCACUGUGCUCCUCAUUCAGGUGGCUGUUCUCAACAAAAAAGUUAACCGACUGUGAAACAGUAGACCGACAAAGUGAGCAUCUAGUGGAGACUUUAGCUGCUCAGAGUUCAGCUUCAGUUCUGCUACCUGUUUGCUAAUGCGUUAGCCAUAGCAACUGUCAGUGUUGCGUUAGCUUGUUCCACUGCCCCUAAACUGUGGUUUAAGUAGUGUUUAGAUAAACUCCAACAAAAACAAAAAGGCUGGUAUUUAAAAUGAUACUUGCAGUAAUAGUAAUAUAUUUCAUUCCUUCAGUUCCGUGGUCUUGCGAUGGAAAAGGGUCUAGAGUUACUAGAGCGACUUACCUGUGAAUGCUACUGGUUGUGAUCUUUCUGGACUGUGAAGACGAGUGGCCUGGUCUUUCUCAAAGGUUUGCACAGUGCAAAUAAACAAAGAACUUUGUAUUUAAUCAUACAUGUUUGAAACCACAUGCCUUGACACAGGAAGUAAUUUUUUUCUUGAUGAGGGACGCUCACACGCCCUCCUCUUAACCAGUGGCAAAGUGUUGUUAGUGUUAAUGGCAGUAUACAGUACAACAAGAGCUUGAAUCUUUACUGGUCGGACUAAACGUCAUCGUACAAGCACUUCACACAAAUACCUCUUCAGUACGUUCCUGCCUGCUUCAGCAUUUAUUUAUUAUAGUUUGUUUGGUAACUUUGUAUGACUUAGUAGGAAUCGCAGACACACAAGCAGAACAUAGCAAAUGAGUCAGCCUUUGAAGGCGGGACAAUAAAAGAAAAGUUUUUUUUGUCUUUUUUUGUAUGUAUGGAGGAACAUUUUCUUGUCUGCUUUUACAUUCCACGAGAGCUACCUUCACCCACUAUCUGGGUAGUCAGUCACAGCUCUGGGCCUUUUUUUGAUCUGAGGAAACGCAGAAUGGGGGGGGGGGAGGAAAACUGAGCAAAAGAAAGAAAAGAGAGGCUAAACUCAGUUCUCAGGGACAUCACUUAAAAGAAACAAAACAAAAAGUAGUAGCAUUAAGCAUUUAAGAUAUUGUAAAUAUUAAAGUGUCAAUUCAGAAAAUUGUAAAGUUAUAAUUAUUUAUGAUAAGUAUGUUAUGUGUUUGGGUUUAUUUCUUUCAUUUUUAUGGGUUUUCUUCGGACGGGGUGUAUAUGAAUCGUUUUGGAUGGGAAAUUUGACAGCGUAUUUUGUAAGAGCAAAGACUUAAAGGCAUUUCUCAGGUGCUCCUGUGUACAUUUCUUUGUGUUUCUUUUUUGCUAUAAUAACUAUUAUUAUUAUUACUAUUUCUUUUUUUUUCUUUUUUUUUUUGCUUUGCAAAGAAAAAUCUGUGUUCCAAAAGGAAGCAUGUCAUUCGGAGUUGGAGAACGAGGAAGGCAUUCAUUUGUAAACAGAUUCAAAACCUGACUAUGCAGAACAACUUUGAUGUUCUUAUCACCUCUUAAAGAUGCCCCCCUGAAAAAACUUGCGUGGAGGAGACCACUAUUAAAGAGGGGUAGGGAGGGGAGGGGGCGGGACCGGACCGACCGGACCCAGCAUGCUUUUGGCAUCACAUUUGGACAAUGUGCAGUGGUAAACCUGCAUACGCUGCGACAUUUAGAAGAGAAAAAGAAAAAAAAGAUGAGUGAAUGGUGGGAAAUGCCUUUGUGACCGAUCAAUGUACAAAGUUUAUUUUUGCUUUACUUCUUUGUUGGUUUUUAUUUAAUCAGGACUCAAGCCUUUAGUGUCUUCUCGGAGGUGUCGGGUCAUGUGGCAGCACCGCAGCGAGACAGAACAAUACACAAGUGUCAGAGAGUCUGAAACAGCAACUGUAUGAACAAAAGAGACGGCCUGUGGAUGACCUUGUGUUCAUUCCUCAUUGUAACUUUUUUUUUUUUCUUCUUUCGAUUGCUUUCUCAACUCGCCUCAGCCUACAGAGCCGGCUGAGUUCACCUCUUCUAUCUCAUUACUGUAGUUUCUUUUUCUAAUCUUCACUCCCCCUCAUGUAGGGGAGGAUUUUGGUUCGAAGCAAUGCAGCAAUGUGUCAAGUGACCAGCUUUCAGUGCAGCCACUUCCUGUUGUGUCCUACCUUAACGCACUCGAGACAUCAGUAUGCUGCAGCGGCCUUGUAUGUGCACAAAGUCGACUUUCGACAAAAGAAAAAGUAGAUUUUCAUCUAUUGUUGCUGCAAGGGUUUUACAGAAUGAGGAUAAAAAAAAAGUUCACCUGAUAUUUCUUGGCUGCUAUGUUAGCAUGAUAAGGCUCUUUUCCUGAGUCAGAGAAGAAAGAGGGACAUUAUUUUACCACUCGCUUAACUUGGAAGCUCCAGCCAGCUGCCUUUAUGUGAUGCAUCGACUGACCGCAUUACAACAAAGAAGUUCCUCCCUCUGUUUUUCGGUCUUAGUUAACUGUAUCAGCUUCACUUCCUGAAGUUUUCUUAUUUCCCCCCUUUUCUUUCUUUAUUUCUUUCUUCCGUAGGAGAGUACUAUUUGCUGGUAGAUCUAGUUCGCCUACUGUUUCCCAGUUUGGUUUGUUUUGGAUUCUCUCUUAACUUUGAGGGAACAUUUGAAAGUGUUUGUUGCCUCUUUGUGCUACUGAUUAUGAAAAGGUAUUUCCAGUAUUUGUUGCCACAGAAGUAUGAUAGCUUAUCAUCCACACUUGUUUUUUUUUGUUUUUUAAUUUGUAAUUUUUUGUGCAACUUCUUGAGCUACUGUCUAUAAAGCGAGAAUUUAUUACUAUUUAUGUAACGCUACUACCAUUUUAUAUUGAUUUGUGUUGGAAUCUCAGUGCUUUUCUAUGAAUAAAGUGUGAAACACGUUACAAGGGCUUCUUUUUUAUAUUUGUGUUGAACCAACGUACAUAACUCUGUAAACGAUAUUCACUGUGUGUCGUCUGGGAUUUCUAAACAGUAAUGCAAAGUUACCGACACUGACUCAAGUACUGUGUAUAUAACUAUUUGUGAUAUUCUACUUAAAUAUCUGUGAGACUAAUUACAUACGUUAUAUUUUUACUUUU